UUUGUGCCACCAUAUUGGUAGUGAGGGGAAGGUCGAGGAGUGGAUGCGGGAGGAGAGGCGCGUACGCGUUGUUUUGCUGUAUUUUCGCGCAUUUCUGGGCCACCAACGCGUGUUGACUACCAUCCACAAUCACCGCUAUGCCGCCCGCAGGGAUUCCGCCUAAGCGGGCGCUGCCGUCAAAGGAGGCGACGCUCUUUAAAGAGCUGCUGAACCUAUAUGAGACCAGGCAACUCAAGAAAGGCCUCAAGACUGCCGACCAGAUCGUCAAAAAAUUCCCUGAGCAUGGAGAAACUCUCUGCAUGAAGGGACUCAUCCUCACGCACAUGGGUCGGCGAGAAGAAGGGCUGGAACUGGUUAAGAAAGGCAUUCGACUCGAUCUUACUUCGCACAUUUGCUGGCAUGUCUUUGGUCUCAUUCAGAAGGGGGAGAAAAACUACGAGGAGGCUCUCAAGUCCUAUACCCAGGCUCUGAAAUUUGACAAGGAGAAUCUCAAUAUUCUGCGAGAUGCCGCACAUCUGCAGACGCAGCUACGGAUCUUCGAUGGCCUGGUUGAGACCCGACUUAUGCUCCUUCGUCUCCGGCCUAGUCUGCGCCAGAACUGGAUUGGUCUUGCGGUUGCUUACCAUUUGAAUGGAAACCUGGAUGAAGCACGCAAAGUUCUGGAACAGUAUGAGGCUACGCUCAAGAAUGUUCCAGAUUAUGAUGUAGAGCACUCGGAGGUCCUUCUAUACCACGUCCGGAUCCUGGAAGAGAUAGGUUCAACAAGUGAAGCUCUGGCGCUGCUCGAUGUCAAUGCAAAGUCAAGAGCAAUCAUCGAUCGAAUGGCCAUAAUGGAAUUCCGAGCUCGAUUGCUGUCGAAACUUGGUGACAGUGAGGCGGAACACACAUGGCGGGCGCUCAUUGAACAAAACCCAGAUUGUCAUGAUUACUAUCGAGGGUUUCUGUUGAACCGUGGUAUCGACUUUGAUGCAAUCUCGGAUGAGAACAGGGAGGCUGCUUUGCAGUGCUUAGAGGACUUCUCUACACAAUUACCCCGUGCUGCAGCUCCUCGGCGAUUGGCACUCAGCAUUGCAGUUGGUGACAAGUUCAAUGAGCUCAUAGAGCCCUAUCUCAUGAGUGGCCUGGAGAAAGGCAUUCCUUCCCUAUUUGCUGAUGUCAAGGCGUUGUAUCGUGAUCUUUCCAAACAACAAGCAAUCGAAACGAUCGUAGAGGCCUUUCGCGACAAAUUCGCACCUGCGGCGGAACCGCAGCCGACGAGUUCGGACCCGACAACUUACCUCUGGACUCUUUACUUCCUGGCUCAGCACCAUUCAUACUUACACCGGCAUACCAAAGCUCUUGAACUGCUUGAUGUUGCCAUUUUGCAUACUCCCACACUGCCUGAGCUUCAUAUGUUCAAGGGUAGAGUGCUGAAAUGGUGCGGCAACCCAAUCGGCGCUGCGCGUUGUCUGGACGAGGCCCGUAUCCUGGACCUUCAAGAUCGCUGCCUAAAUACCAAAUGUGCUAAGUAUAGAAUGCGGGCUGGUUUCAUAGACGAAGCGAGUGAUAUACUUGGUUUGUUCACGAAGAAAGAUGCUCCAAGUCCUGGUGCUGACCUCGAGGACAUGCAAUCGCUGCUUUAUCUCACUGAGGAGGGUGACGCGCAUCUGCGGAAGGGCAAUCUGGGAAUGGCUUUGAAGAGGUACACUGCUGUACAAAAGGUGUUCGAUGAGCUGGAGGAUGACCAGUUCGACUUCCACGGAUACUCGCUGAGGAAGUUCACAAUCAACGUGUACUUGGAGCUGAUUGUUUGGGAAGACCAUUUGCGGUCGCAUCCGGCAUAUGUACACACCGCCAUUGCUGCUUCGAAGAUAUACGUCCGUCUACACGAUAAUCCGUCCUUAACCAGUACUCUAACAUCAAACGGCACUCUUACGGAUGCGGAGAAAAAGGCAAAGAAAAAGGCGAAAAAAGCAGCGCAAAAGGUGCACGAGGAAGUCAAGAAAGCGAACGCCAACGUUAACGAGGAUAAGGGGCUGGAGCUGCCCGCUCCCAAGGACGACGAUCCUGAUGGAGCAAAACUACUGCAAGCCUCUGACCCUCUUGAGAAGGCUGCCAAGUUCUUGGCUCCGCUCAGGACACUUGCAAAGGACAACAUCGACGCUUGGAUAGCAACAUACGACGUGGCCGUACGUCGAAAGAAGUACAUCCAAGCUGUCAAGGCGUUGAAUAGCGCGCGUGCUGUGAAUGCUGAAGAUCCAGAGCUGCAUGUUCGACUGGUCCACUUUCGCACAAUUGUGGCCUCGCUACCUCAAUCACCUCCUGCACCUAUGGGGCCUGUUGUCAGCGAGGCUCUGACCAAGUUGCUCCCAGAAGAGCUGUCACUGGAGCUGUACAAUUCGCAGUAUUUACAGCGGCAUUCUACUGAUGCCAGGGCGAUCUUGGCUUGCGCGAAGGUGUCACACCUGCUACAAGCACCUAGGGGAGAGGUAGAAGAUGCCACGUUUGCGGUGCUUAAUCCGGAUGUCAAGCUGGACAUUAAGACGUCUCUUGCCGUGCACGACUUCUUGAAAGACCUCCAAUCGCCGCGGGCAGAUGAGCUCAGGACAGCAUGCGAUAAGAGGUUCGAGCUGUCAACUGUCUUCAAGCUGCCGAGCGAGACUUCUUCACUGCAGUGGAAUGCUGCUGAGACAGAUGCAGUUACAGGAGGAGCAGACAAGGCAGAGGUAGUCGGCUAACCGAAGUGUGCACGUCGCAUCCCAUGAGUGCUCCUCACAUUCGCCGUUACCGAUACAUAUGCAUAAUUUUCUCGGCAUGCCGAGGUGUUGUCGAUAUGAGCUAAUAGCAGAGCUCAUGCGAUGAGGGUACGUCUCAUCCGCCCAAGUGUGAGUGUGAGCAUUGCGAGGAAGUCUAUGGUGCCUGUGCUUUCGCCGCGUGUAUCAGGUAUUUGCAAACUGCAUAUAUACAGUAGUAGAUGUCCUUUGAAAUGCCAUGAACGUGUCUCUCGCGUACAGCUAUGCCAACACACCCACAUGCCAACCUCGGUCACCUAUCUGGUCGAGCAAGCCCUUCCUGCUCAAGAAUUUUUUUCUAUGACAGCUUAGUGCGCCAGACCCCAGCAAGACAGAAGUGAUUGGUAAUUGCGGAGCCCAUGCUAAAUCAAGGCGACUGAGCCGUUCCAGAGCAUAGGCUGCUGAUCAUGAUGAACAAGUUCGACGA